AAAACGUGAAUUCAGUGACACGUUACAGAUUUUCAUACGUACUCCCACCCAAAAGUAAAUUUCGUUUCCUCCCUAUGACCCAAACAACAGCUGAUAAUUAUCAAUCAAUCCGGUAGUUGUACUAGUUCAAUCCAUCGGAAAGUAGGAGAUUUUCACCGUCACAAGAUUUUCCUGAAAGUAGUACUAGUAGACUUCACUCUGACUCUCAACAACAUUCACGAUAGUAGCCUCGCUAUCGUUCGAAUAAAUCAAACUUUUGACUUUUUUGACCAAGCACAGUUGUAGAAUAUCAAACACCGUUUUUUUUUGGCUAGAUUUUCUCUGUACAACCGGAUAAUAUCUCUUCUGGCGGGGUUUUGUAGAAUAAAAGUGAAGUAAAACAGUACAGUGUAAGUACACAAAAUAAUUUUGAGAAUAAAGUUUUCUUUGUCCAACUCCAAACAAACCAAACCAAAAGAUACCAAAAAAUGAACCGCCUCGACAAAGUCGCCAACCAGCUCGUCACCGCCAACCCGAACGCGGGCGGGCAGCUGAAAUUCGGGAAAAAAGCUCCCUCGUACGAAUGCGGGGCCAACACGCCGCGGUCCAAGAUGAUGGAGUGCUACACGGUCGGCGGGGAAAAGGACAGCGCACAAUCGACCAAGAUGUUCUUCCCGGGCCAGAACCCGCGGGUCGGCGCCCCGCCGAGCGCGAAUGACCUGCCUUCCCUGUCUAUCCUGUGCAAAAACGUCCGCACCCCAGCGGCAAGAUGGCAGCUUUGCUACGCAAAGCAAGAAGGUUGUGCUGUUGCGCUUGACAACUACUUUACUAGGUCUCGAGUGCCGUUGUUGUUAGGUGGCGCAGUCGCAUCACAAAGCGAGUUCCUUAUCCUGAUACGAGCAUGACAAAUUCCCAGAUAGCGUGAGAAAUCGCUCUUCAUGGAGCUAGCUGCGCAUGAGAAACAUUUUGCAGAUGUACAUUUGCAUGACGAAUAAGGUGGACGAGUGGGGACGUUUUUCCUCAGGAUACUGUCCGAUAUGGUGUCCGCGGGAAACGUGCCGAAUGCCAACAAUGACAUAUCAAUUGUAAAAGUGUCUGGGUCGGGAAGAUUCUGAGACUUUUCAUGCACGUUUUGCAUGAGCCAUGAUGUCUCUGAUGCAUACCCUAGCAAUACAGAUUUUUUGAGGGCUUCUUGAUGCCUACUCCGCAUGACAAAUGCCUUCUCAGCGUAGCAAAACGAGCACUCCCUUUGCUACUCAUGCAAUACAGAUUUUUUUGGAAUCCAAAUGCAGCAUCACAAGUUGCAUUCUUCCAGACCCAGACACAUUUGCAUUUCAUAUGACAACACGCUGAACCACGACGAGAAUUCACCGCUGAACACCAGCGUGAUGAGCACCAGCGCGGGGAAUAGCACUCCGAUGGAACAGCAGUUAAACGCCGCGGCGGAUGCGGUAACGCAAAGUUCCCUGCUCUGGCCCCCGUUCGAGUCGCAGUACGACUGGACCAAGGUGCAUGCGGACUUGGAAAAUGGGAACUACUCGGGUGUGUAUGGCUGGGACAACGCAGCUUAUUGGGGCAUCGCCGAGAAAAAAGCAGGGGUCGACUUGAGGGAAUGGUAUAAGGGUCUAGCUGCACCUGGCGUUCGUCUUUUCGCAUGACAGAUUGACUGUUUACUUUCAAGAAAUGCAGAGUCAGGAUGAGAGAUUUCCUUUCUUCACUUUUGAAAACAACAAAAUCAAAGGUACAAGCGCCGCACGGAUGACGAGUACUACUUGCCGGAAUUUAAGGAUCUCGUCGACCACCCCGAUACCCAGAAGGAGUGGAAAAACAUUUUCAUGUUUGACCCUAUGGGCAUGUACGCACACCCCCCGACCAUCGCGGCGUGCAAGGCGAAUCUCGACAUCCCGGAGUUGACCGCGGAACUGCAGAAAGACGGGAAAAUUGUCCGCGACGACGGACAAAUCCGCACCCAGAAGUGCGCCAUCUACUACGCGUGGAACCUCCCAUAUCUUGAGAAAAAAGUAUAUACAGUUACACACUCUGAUGGAAGACAAGCAAGACAGGCAACCCCUGUCAUGCAGGAAAUGCUUGCCAGCCUCUCAUUCGUGUUUUCCCUUAUAGCCUGCGCAUCACAGGUUUUCUUUGCCAUGUCGAGCAACUUUGUGAUGCAGAAACUCCAACAAAUGCGUAACUGAAGCACUUUUUUCCUGUGAUGUCCCCCGCUUGGGCGAACGGCUGGACAUGGACGAGGACGAUUUGCGGGACGCACUGUACAAGUAUUCCAACAACCCGGAUCUCAAGGACAAAACGAAGAAGACCUUUCUCCCCGGUGUCGGUGGGUGCACGAUUUACACAUUUGGGGACGUGAGGAAGGUCCGGGAUCCGACGACAGAAAUCUGCGUGCGAGUGCACGAUGAGUGCAUCGGGAGUGACGUGUAUUUAUACUAGAUGUUCUUACUUGUUUUCUGCAUGAGAAGUUUUGCUUUUGUUGCGGGUAGUUGAUGCAAUAGAAAUUUGAAUCAACAGCAUCAAGAAAAAGCAUUAUGAUAUGUUGCAAGGACCUCCGCUCAUCAUUAUUCAUGCGUGGAGGCAGCAUGCGAAAUUAUCGAUCUCUGAAAAGUACCAAAAUACAGGUUUGGCUCCGACAUCUGCACCUGCCGUCCCUACCUCAUCUUCGCCCUGCAGCAGUGUAUCCAGUGUGCCCAGCGCGGUGGGGUUGGUAUCGUCAUCUAUUACCGCAAGGAGGGACGGUCCCUCGGGGAGGUCAUCAAAUUCCGCGUCUACAACGCGCGAGAGAACCAGACUGGAGGGGACUUAUCCUGAGCAAAAACGGUUCCACCCUGUAGUCAAGGUGGGAAAUUUGCUAGACAAAUCUAGCAGCGUAGGUUGUUGCGCAUGACAGGUUUCUUGGCCUCGUAGUGUAAUCUUGUUGAGCUAGCAGCUCCAGCAGCAGCACAGACCUAGCUUAUUAUGCUGAUUAGAGCAUUACAAGUUCCAAAACAGGGCUAGAAAAUGCUUCUGAUCGGGGCUCCGCAUGAGAAACAUUUUUGCCAUGCAGAUUUUGCCAUGCAGAUUUGCAUUUUGGGGACGUUUUUACAUAGGAUACCAUUCCGCCGAUAAGUACUUUCACCAGACCGAGGCGAUCGCCGGGAUUCGUGAUGCCCGCUUCCAUAUCCUGUGCAAAAGUAUCGUACUAGUGUAAAUUGCAUUACAAAUUUGCUUCGCAUUACAAAUAAAAUUUGUAAUGCUGUUUUAGCUAAGGAAGGCGAUUUGUCAUGCAUAUCUGCAAUUAGAACGCAACGAGUGCGAUACUUUUGCAUUCUAUAUUCCAGGCCAUGAUGCCGGAUGCGCUGAAGUGGUUGGGAAUCAAGAGGAUUGACUAUUGUGAGGAAAAAUUCCCCCUCCCCAUAUCGAAAGCGCAUUCGUCUGAAAAUUUGUGAUGCAGAUUUGAGGUCACAAAUCCUGGCUGUCUUGCAAGAAGGCAGAGCCAAAGAGUCCGCCGCAUUAUGGCGGCGGUUUGUGAUGCUGUUGGGCUUACAGGGCCGACGUCUGUCAUGCUAGUCCCCUACGUCAAAACCUCUCGACCCAGGGUUGGCAUAUGCCUGCAGUCCUCUCCAGCAAGACAGGCCUGAUUUGUGUACGCAAAUCCAGCAUCAGAAACUUCGUUUCGAUAUGGGGAGGGGGGAUUUUUCCCUUUGAUAUUGACUGGCUGUGUUCCAUGAGCAACGAAAAAUACGAAGCGAUUGUUGGGUAUAGAAUAAAGACAUAUCUAUCUCGGUAGAUCCUUUUCGUGUAGUGACUGGGAUUUGGGGUCCCCCGUUCGCACUAUAUCGGCUGGCAGAUCCGUAGAAGCUAUUGCACGUUUGCGAUCUCCUCCCCUAGAGUGGGGAGGAGCGAAGUAGAGUCUUCGAUAAGUGCGUCUGGGGGACGUAGGUUUAGGUGUAUUUUUGUUUUUUGUUCUACACCAAAGUAGGUGACGCCAGUGAGGGCAUCCCCCAGCGGGGGGAGUUUAUUCCUUUUUUCUCACCAUAGAGGGUGGCCCCAGCGGGGGUAGUUUAGCGGCGAGUGCCAUCGCUUUCUGCAGCUUCUGAUGUCCAAAAGUGAUGGCCAAAAGAUCCUCCUUGACCAUCACUUUCCGGCCGGGCAGGCUUCCAGGUCGAGCCAAAGUGAUGGCCAGGAGUUCCAUGGCCAUCGCUUUUCGCUCGGGCAAAAGCAACGGCCAAGAAGAGCUUCUUGGCCGUCGCUUAUUUGCUUUUUGCCAUCACUUCCAUCCCGGCCGGGCAAAAGUGACGGCAGAGAGCCCCUUGGCCAUCGCUUUCCGGUCGGGCAAAAGCGAUGGCCCGGAGCUCCUUGGCCAUCACACACUUCCCGCUCGGGCAAAAAUGAUAGCCGCGAGCUCCUUGGCCAUCAGUUUUCGCCUAGGCAAGCAAAGCGAUGGCCAAGAGCGCCCUGGGUGGCCACCACUUUUGGUGGCCAUCAUGUUUGUUCCAUGAGCAACGAGAAAUACGAGGCGAUUGUUGGGUAUAAAGUAAAUUUGUGAUGCUAUAGUACUAGACGAGAAAAAGCGUCCUCAUCUGCUUCGGUUUUGAUUUAAAGAAGCCCUUUGGCGCCUCUAGCUGCAGCUACACACUUAUCAUAUCGCGUAGAGGUACGUAUAGGGAGGACCCAAAAUAGGAGACCUAAGGUUCGGGUGAAUUCUCUUCACCCAGCUUCUGUUCCCUUCCUUGAGUUGCUGCGGUGUUGAAGUUUACGCCUAUGCUCGACUGCGCGGGAGGGUUUUUGCCUUACCCCUCUAAGGUCUCAGGAAUCACGCUGCCACACUGUCUCCAAACCCACGCCGACACUACCAAAAAGACUUUUUGAUAAGAAUAAAAAGCCACAAAGUAGAAGCAUACUGCAGGGGGAAGGGAAAAGGCUUGCAGCUACUCAGAAAGCGCGGCCAAGCAUAUCAGAGGGCUUGCCUGGGGGUAGUUUCUGCAUAGAUGCCGUGCUUGUGUAUUUAUAUCGAAGUAAAGCUUCUGCUGGAAUGAGCAGACGAUCAUGGACGCUGCUUCACAGCACCGCGAUGCCAAUGGAAUGGAAAGUGUUCCAUGAGCAACGAAAAAUACGAGGCGAUUGUUGGGUAUAAAAUAAACAAGCCUCGGGGCGAGCCCUGCUGGGCUCGCCUGGUCUUGGGGUUGUCGGUUGCGACCGGUAAGACGGUGGCUGAGUAAACUCCAAGGAGACACGGGGAGGGGGCCCGAUGUCAGUGGGGUUGUUGUGCGCGUUGCUAGCCUUCCGGCCGUUGCUAGCCUACCGGCCGCCGCUACCUAGCCUGCCGGCUGCCUUGCGCAUGGUGUGUCUCUUGUUGUGGUCCGUGGUUGCCGCUCUGCUCACGGCAGGGCCCUGCAAUAGUUAGCUUUUUGCGCCCUGUCUCCUGUCGAAAUCGCGUGGGCCGCUCUACGGGCCCCCUUAAGCAUCCCCGUAAAGAUCCCCUUAAAGAUUCCCUUAAGAAUCCCCUUAAAGAUGCCCCUUAAAGAUUCCCCCUUAGAGAAAUCGCCUUAAAACAUUUCGGCCCGAAUCCCCAUGCUAUGGGCCCGGUUUUCUGGGUUCCAAAACCUUGCGCCAACGCACACCGAUAAACGCAGCAUACUGCCGGCGCAAAAAUGAACCCGCAUGGUAUGAUCGAUUCCGCUCCCCCCCUUUUUUUAAGGAGUUUUUUAAGCAACGAAAAAUACGAGGCGAUUGUUGGGUAUAAAAAUUCAUCUUCAACAUUUAGAAGAAGUACUAUUGCGAGUUGUGUGGAGCUAGUUUUCUUCCUCAUGAUGCCCGAUACGGGUUUUUGAGUUUAUGAGUCAAGAUAUAGUGAUUGUUGAGAUCAUUCGGGGAGCAUGUUGUCGUUGGGAGGAAAUUGCUGAACAAUUUUUUGCUCCUCUGCGCUCGUCUUCCCGUCAGUCAUAUGCUUUUGCGCUAUAUUUACAACCCGCGAAAGAAAAAGAAAAAAGAAAAACCCAAUACCUUUAAAACUCUCGUCUCUCAGUGCGGGUAUUCAAGUGAUGCAGCGCGUCACCCUUCCGGAGGACUACGUGAAAGAGAACAUGAAGGUCGAGAUCAACGCCAAAGUCGUAUGCAGUGCAAAUAUGAUGUCUGCGUCUGGAAAAGAUCAGGGUUUCUCAUGCAGGUUCGGGAUGAACUGAAACUCUGUGAUGCACGAGCACGAAAAGGUCCCCUUAGCUGUCGUGCAAAAACGCCGCCUGCCAUGCAGAGUACGCAACAUUCACAUUAGCAGCCCAAAAAUUUGUCAUGCGUGGCAGCGUAUUGCAGUGCGGCUAUAGUUGACAUUUAGCAUUACAACCUUCCAGAGGACCGAGACAUAUUUGCAAUGCAUAAAUCGCGUCCGGCUACAACCAGGAGACCUUUGAUCCGGAUCAGGUCGCUCUCGAGUGCUUGACCUUACCGCACAUUACCAAGCAGUGCAGCCAGGUGUUUGAGCUGGGCAAGAAGGACAAGCUGGACCACUUCACGCUGCAUUUGGACAAGUUGGUAUCAACUGCAAAUACGUCUGGGUCCUCUGGGAGGUUGCAACUUGUGAUGCGGUCUUUGGAUUCUAAAAGAAUCUGUCUUGCAUGACCAGCAAUUAUAGAAGUCCAGUUUGUGCUACGUCGCGGGGAGAGCAUUUGCCAUGCGCGAUAGGCAUCAGGAAGGGUUCUAAAAAUCUGUGAUGCUAGGGCAUGCAUCACAGACAAUAUUGGGUCAUGCAAAAUAUGCAUGACAAACCUGGCAAUCUUCCAGACCAUGACAUAUUUGCAAUGCAUAGCUGGAUGACUGCGUCAAUUUCGUGGACCAAGUGAUCGAGGAGCACUACCCGAAUAUGCAAGAAAAAAACUGUGUAAGUGUAAGUUUGUCUUGCAGAUGUUGCAAUACAGUUACACUUGUCAUGCCGGAUAUGCAUCAUAGGCUAUUUUAGUACGUGUUUUAGCACUAGCGUACGCGUACCAGCUACGCAUGACAAGUUUUCUGUCAUGCAAAACAAAUCUGUGAUGCUGUUCCUGCAAAGAAGUUACACUCACACAUUUUUUUUAUUGGAUACCGGACGGAAAAAAGAUUCCGCCGCACUCCAGGGUAGGUUUAUUUCUAUGAUCGUGCUGUACUUUAGAAAGAGGUUCGGCCAUAAUGUUACAUCGAGAAGUUGUUUGUGAGCAUCUGAUUUGAUUUGUCGUUCUUGGACCGAAUGUCUUGCUACACAGGCUUUGUAUCCAUCGCGCCCGCGCCGUCCGAGUACUAGGACGCGCUUGUCUAGAACUCAUCGCGCUUUUUUUCUACAAGCCCGCCCGCGCCGGCGCCCCGCACGCCGCGGUCACUGACGCCGCGAUCGGUACAGUGAAAAUAAUCCGCGAAAAUAUGUUGAAAAUUAUCCGCGAGCCAGAAGUGCAACUUCUUGCACCGCGUUUGCCGCGCCGCCCAACUGAACAGGCACAGGAUAGUACUGUGACAAACAUCUUCCUCUUCCUCCCGGCCCGCACAAGUAGGAAAACAACAAGCUAAAAACACAUCCACCUCAGAUGCGCCACCUCGAGAACCUGCCGAAGUUCCAGGAGUGGGUCGAGUCUGACGGAUUUCAGCAGUUAGACGCGGUUGAAAAGACGAAGAGAAUCAUCGAUUUGGUCUUUAUGGUGAGCAAAAACGUCCCCAGCUCAGAGUCAAGAUGGCAAACCUGCUACACAAAUCAACCAGCUUUGGCUGUUGCGCAUGACAAACUUGGGCUCGUAGUGUAGUCGUGUUUAGCUAGUGCAGCAGCAUCACAGAUCUAGCACACCAUACGGAUUUGAGCAUCACAAAUCGCAAAACACCAAUAGAGACUGCUUCUCAUGGUUCUCUGCAUGAGAAACAUUCUCGGCAUGCAAAUUUGCAUUACAACUCUGGGGUGGGGACGUUUCUACAAAUGAUAGUCUUCGUGUCCGUGUUAGUCGAUGCCGGUGCGGGCCCCGACUGGAAGUACAUGAGCGAGGGGAAGAUCAUCACUAGUUCCGAGGGGCUUGCUACGAAUUGCAAAAGCAUCGCACUAGUAGUAAUUGCAUUACAAAUUUUCUCAGCAUGAGAAAUGGAAUUUGUCAUGCUGUUUAGCCUUGGGAUGGAGAUUUGUAAUGCAUGAUUGCGAUUCCUACGAGUGCGAUACUUUUGCUCAGAAUACUUGCGGUCGCUUCGAUGGACAUGUUCGCGGACGGGUUGUUCUCCUCUGACAAAGUAUCGCAAGAGAAUAAAACGGCUUCACUCUGAACUUGUGAUGCAGAAAAUGCAACAUGGAACUAUUUGUCUUGCUACACCUGCAUAGAGCAUUGGAGUUUCAAGUGUGUUUUUCCCUAUGGGAAGUGCGCGCGUGACAAAUUUUCAGUGCCAUGCGUAACAAACUUGUGAUGCAGAUCUUGAAAAACAAAGAGCAUCACAGUGAAGCAGUUUUAUUUUCGUGGGAUACAAAGCGUUGCCGUACCGUGUCAAUUCGCUUGCCUUGAAGCAGUUGACAGAGAAGGACUUGACCAAGGGGUUCCAAAUUUCCACGUCAAACAAAUUGUUGGCGGUGAAAGGGAGAUUGGCGUUGCUGAACAAAUUAGGUAUAGAAUUGAUACAGCUGCGUAGUGGUUUAGCAAUAGAACUAGAUCUACUGUUUGAGUUUUUGCAUGACAAAUUUUGCUAUGCCAAUACUGAGAUUUUUUGUUGUUCACAAGAGGCAUCAGUUCGCGCCAUCUUUAUCAGUUAUCUUUCUGAAACAAACUUCUAUCAAAGGUGAAGCGCUGGAGAAGAACCCGAAAUUUUUAUUGUGAGGAAAAAUCCCCCCUCCCCAUAUCAAAAACGAAAUUUGUCAUGCUGUAUUUGAGUACACAAAUCGACUUGUAAUGCCAGAAAGCCAAGGGCCGCAGUUGUGGCCUCGUUUGUAGGCAAUCUGUCAUGCUAUUUCCCACUUCCAGUUGCUCUCUGUCGUGCUGAAGGCGCAAGGCUUUCCGACGCCAGCCGGCACUACACUCCGCACGUCUUUCCUUCUAGCAUGACAAAGCUGAUUUGUGACCACAAAUCUGCAUCACAGAUUUCCGUUUUGAUAUGGGGAGGGGGGAUUUUCCUUCUUGAUAAUUUUUCGGUAGUGAACUCCCCCGGCCGGGAAAUCUCGUCGACUUAUGCAUUGCAAAUAUCCCUGGAUGCCUGGAAGGAUGAGGAUCCAAACCUGUCAUGCUAUCUUUGGAUUCUAAAAAAAUCUGUAUUGCAUGACCAGCAACAGGAGCCCAGAUUGUGCUACACGGGGAGGGCGUUUGUCAUGCGGAAUAGGCAUCAGGAAGCCUUCCAAAAAUCUGUGAUGCAAAGUCAUGCACUACAGGCAUGGCGGGCCAUGCAACAUAUGCAUGACAGACCUGGCAAUCUACUUCCAGACCCAGACAUAUUUGCAUUUGAUACGACUAUGUGCUCAAACAAGCGAAGGAGAAAGAUCCGAAAAACAUCACCCUCUCCAGCCUGUGGCAGUGCGUCGCCCACGGGAUUGAGCCGAUCUGGCCGAAGCACGCGUCCGGGAUCCAGACGGGGGAUAUCUGGCACUACAGCAAACUCGUGAAAUAUGGAAAGAACAAAGUUUGUCACAGUCACUAACUUGCAGGUUUUGCAUGAGAAAUUUUUCCAGCAUCACAGGUUUUUCUUGUAUUGUAAAAACACCAGGGAAAUCCCUUAUGAAGUUUGGCUGUGAUGCAUUUUUACGCAUGACAGACAGUUUUGUAUUGCAAAAAUGCGCAUGUUGAGUGAGCGUGACGAACUUUUUUUUGUUUGAUAUGAAACCGGGCCUCCCCGGGUCCGACCUCGUGUCCUUUCACAAACUGACGCAGUGGCUGCUCUACUCCGUGAUCGAGGUCAUUGAGACCGGGUUUGGGUUGGAGAAAAUCCAAAAUCCGGAAAAUCUGAAGAUGACGGGGUUGGCGGAGUACCGAAAUGGCGGGUUGUUAGUGGAUUCCGGCCUGAUCCGCUUGCGGAAUCCGGAGAAUCACCAGGCGGAGCACUCUAUGAAUUGCAACAGUGUAGUCGUACUAGUGGUAAUCGCAUGACAAAUUUUCUCAGCAUGACACAUGGAAUUUGUCAUGGUGAAUCAGUAAGGAAACCAGGUUUCGCAUGCAUAAUUGCGAUAAUUACUACGAGUGCGAUACAACUUUUGCACGGGAUACACUCCGUCGGGUCGGAAUUAGUCGUCGAGUGGCGCGCGUUGACGAUUGUGUUGAUUGACAUGAUCGCGAAGAAGCUGAUGGAAAAGCGAAAGGGACACAUUGACACCGUCGCGCAGGCGCUGGAGGGGGGUACCUGGCGUGCGGGCCGGGUGAUCGCGAAGAAAUUGCGACCGGAAUCUGGUGGACCCCCGAUCAAGAUCAGAAGUGACGGAAGCGUGUUUUAA